CUCUUCCUUCUGUCAACCAUUAGGUCACUUCACUCCAUUUAAGACCCCCACAUUUCUUCCAGAGCUCCAUUCUUCCCCUCCAAUGGCGGCCCUAACUCGCCUCUUCCGAACCACGACCACCACUCUCUCCUCCCUCGCUCGCUCCUUCGCCUCAAAACCGAGCAACCAGAUGGGCUACCCCAAGCACCACAAGGGCAGAAUCCACGGCAUCUGCCACAAAGGCGACCGCAUCUCCUUCGGCUCCUUCGCGCUCCAAGCCCUAGAGCCCGCCUGGAUCACCGCAAGGCAGAUCGAGGCCGGCCGGAGAGCGAUCACGAAAAUCGCCCGCACCGGCGGGAAGCUCUGGGUCCGGGUCUUCCCGGACAAGCCGGUCACCGGAAAACCCGCCGGCGUUCGUAUGGGACGAGGAAAGGGAGGCGUUGAGUACAUGGUCGCCGUCGUGAAGCCCGGGAGGGUGCUUUACGAGGUCGGCGGCGUGGCGGAGAGCGUGGCGAAGAAGGCGAUUGCGGUGGCGGCGUCGAAGAUGCACGUGCGGACGCGCUUCAUUGCGGAGCGUGGAAGUGCCAGCUCCUCCUAGUGAAGGCUUCUGAACAGGUCAAUGUCUAGCAGAAUACUACCAUAAUUGAGAGAAACUAUUGGGAUUUGAUUUUCCUGGAUCCUGGCCAAAGUUGCUUCCAGUUCUUAAUCUUGAUGAUUACGAGGAUAAGUGGUUUGCCGCAGCAUAGUUUACUAUACUAUACUUUCACCCGUUAAUGAUGAGCAUGGCAUUCUUUGUAUCGUAGGUGCACACUACAAAUUUUGCAAAGAAAUCUCCUAUUCCUUGAAAAUAAGGUUACUUGAAAUCUCUGCCACUUCUUUUUUGGCAAAUGCUUUGCUAACUCUUCACUUUUAUGCUGUUAUUUUCUCGUUUUAAAGAGGAUCCAAUGUUAAUUUAACAUCUGAUUUUUUUGUUCUUUUUUUGUUGAACUUGAGACGAGGAAUUUGAACUCGGGACCUUGAUAUGAGAAGUUAGCAAAGAUUGCCACUCUAGUUUGAAA